UGGUACUGAAGAGGGUGAUAUGGCUCCUUUGCCACUGUCUGGGGAACAAAUUCUCCAACAAGUUCAACUUGUAGAUUUUAAGUAUGGAAAGACGCAAAAAAAUAAAAAAACUAAUGGUUGUUUUCAAAGAAAGUCAAUCUUCUUUCGUCUUCCAUAUUGGAAAAGUCUACUAGUUCGACAUUGUUUGGAUGUCAUGCAUAUUGAAAAAAAUGUGUGUGAGAGUAUUAUUGGUACCUUACUUGAUAUUCCCGGCAAAACUAAGGACGGUCUAAAUAGUCGUUUAGAUCUCGUUGAAAUGGGUAUACGACAAUCUCUGGCACCUGAGAAGAAAGGUGAACGUUUAUAUUUGCCUCCUGCUUGUUUCACUUUAUCCAAAAAAGAGAAACAAACAGUUUGCAAAUCACUUGCAAAUAUGAAAGUACCCGAUGGUUACUCGUCUAACAUCAAAAACUUGGUGAAUGAGACUGAAUUGAAACUAAUGGGUCUGAAAUCACAUGAUUGUCAUGCGUUAAUGCAACAUCUACUUCCAAUUGCCAUUAGAUCAGUCUUGCCAAAAAAUGUUCGAGAGUGUUUGACACAUGUUUGCAUUUUCUUUAAUAGGCUGUGCGGGAAGGAAUUAGAAUUGGAUAAGUUAGAUGCAUUACAUGAACAUGUAGUCAAAACAUUGUGCAACCUGGAAAAGUUUUUUCCGCCAUCUUUUUUCGACAUCAUGAUCCAUUUAAUGGUUCAUCUAGUGAGAGAAGCAAGGCUGUGUGGGCUGGUGUGGGCGAGAUGGAUGUAUCCAUUUGAAAGAAAUAUGAAGGUACUUAAAAGUUAUGUGCGUAACCACUAUCGGCCAGAAGCAUGUAUGGUUGAGUGCUACAUAUCUGAAGAGGCUGUGGAAUUUUGUUCAGAGUACAUGGCUGGAGUUGAGGCAAUAGGAAUUAGCAAACCAAGAACUGACCCAGAUGAUGUUGAUAGAGGAUUAAGGGGCAAAGGGACAAUGGUGACAGUGUCCAAGCUUGAACUAGAUCAAGCUCAAUUAGUCGUGAUGAACAAUAACGCAGAGGUUCAACCAUAUAUAACUGACCAUAUGGAGCUGUUACAAUCAAUGGUUCCAAGAAAUCAAAAAAAUAAACAAAAAUGGGUUGCAGACCAACAUCGUCAAACUUUCAUUGGGUGGUUAAGGAAUACCAUUAUAGCAAAGUUGAACGAACCGAAUCAUGGAGUAUCUGAUGUGUUGAGUCGUAUUGCCCUUGGACCAACUUUUGCGGUUGCAAAGCAUGAAGCGUACAUUGUAAGGGGUAAACGUUUUCAUACAAAGUCAAGAGAUGAUGCUCGAGAGGUUCAAAAUAGUGGUAUACGUAUCGUCGCAGAAACUAUGCACUUUGCAAGUGCAAAAGAUAGAAACCCUGUUUUAGGUACUAUGACGUAUUACGGGGUCAUUGAAGAAAUAUGGGAGCUCAAUUAUUUUGCGUUCCGAAUUCCACUUUUUAAGUGUUCUUGGGUUGACAACAACGUUGGAGUAAAAACUGACGAGCUUGGUUUUACUUUGGUUGAUUUAAGUAAGAGAGGAAGCAAGAAUGAUCCAUUCAUCAUGGCUAGCCAAGCAGCUCAAGUUUUUUACAUUUCUGAUCCGGCUAAUGAUAAAUGGUCUAUUGUUUUAUCGACACCAGAGAGGAGGUUCUUAGAGACUGAAGAGGAUGAGGAGAAUGCUGACUUAUGUUACGAUGACUUCAUUGUUGGACAACCAAUUCAUGAGCAACUCAUGGGAAUUGAUCGUAACAUUGAGGAAGACGACGCUGAAUACAUUAGAAACGAUAUCAAUGAGGGAAUAUGGGUCAAUUGUGAUUCAGGCAAACAUAAACAAAAAAAGAAAAGAAAACGUGUCUAAUUGGUAACUUGAUAUAUAGCUUACUUUAUAUUGUGGUUGUGAAUGGUCCUGAAUACUUAACAAUUUUUUUAUGCUUUUAAAAUUUCAUAU